AAACACGGAGGCAAUUAUGACAUUUUUUCAUUUUUGAAGUCGGAACUUUCAGGUCUAGUGGUCUCUAGUCGUUCUGAAGGGUAAACAAAUCAGCCUGUCAUUGUAUUGUCUAUGGAAGAAGGCAAUGAUAUACUUCGUUAUUCGUCCCCGAACGACUUGUUAUCGACAUUUGAAAAAAUGAAUACCUUACGAGGCAACACUCAACUUUGUGAUGUCACUUUAAUGGCGGGGGAAAGAAGGAUUCGAGCACAUCGUGUAAUUAUGGCAGGAUUUAGCGAUUAUUUCGACGCAAUGUUUAACGGAGAUCUAGCAGAAACCAUCCAAGAUGUUAUACAUAUAAGGAAUGUUGAUCCAGAUGCCUUAGCUGCCAUUGUGGAUUACGCUUACACAGGGAAGCUUGAUAUAUGUGUUGACAACGUUGAAAAUCUGCUUACUGUGGCUUGUCUGCUGCAAGUUGAGACCGUGAAACUGAAAUGUUCCGAGUUUAUGAAACAGCAUUUACAUUCCACAAAUUGUUUAGGAAUUAGGGCCUUUGCUGAGGGCCAUGGUUGUGAAGAUCUUUUUAGAGCUGCUGACAACUUCACAAAAGAGAACUUUCUACAGGUUGUUGAAUGCAAGGAAUUCCAAAUGAUUAAUGGAAACCAGUUAGAGGAACUAUUUGCAAGUGAUGACCUAAAUGUGAAUAUGGAAGAAGAGGUUUUCUUUGCAAUGGAAAAAUGGGUCCAGUAUGAUAGGGAGAAUAGAAAGGCAUCUGUCACCAAACUUUUAGAAAAUAUUCGAUUGCCAUUGAUGAGCUGCAAAACACUGACGGAUCGUGUUGAGGAGAAUCCUGUUUUUGCUCUAAGUGAAUGUGGCAGCAAACUCUUGUUAGAAGCAAUGAAGUAUCAUUUAUUACCAGAAAGACGUGCCCAAAUGCAGAAUUCAAGAACCAGGCCUAGGAAGUCCAGUGUGGGCCUGCUCUAUGUUGUAGGAGGUGUAGAGUCAUAUCAAAAUCGUACUCCAAAAGUAGGUACAAGUAACGGCACGGAUACCUCAAAAGGCGCAAUAAGUAUUGAAUGUUAUGAAUUACGACGUAACACAUGGACACCUGUUGCGAUAAUUGGUAAUAAACGUUUGCAGUUUGGUGUGGCAGUGUUGGAUGACAAGUUGUUCAUAGUCGGUGGCCGAGAUGGCUUGAAGACGCUGAACACUGUCGAUUGCUUUGAUCCACGGACGAAAGAAAAAUCUUCAGUUACACCAAUGAACAUUCACCGUCACGGGUUGGGUGUGGGUGUACUCGGUGGUCCUUUGUAUGCUGUUGGUGGCCAUGAUGGAUGGUCAUAUUUAAAUUCGGUAGAAAGGUAUGAUCCUCAAACACGGCAAUGGAGUUUUGUUGCAGCAAUGAGUACUUCACGAAGCACAGUUGGUGUUGCUGUUCUUGAUGGUAAACUCUAUGCCGUUGGAGGAAGAGAUGGUUGCUCUUGUUUAAAUUCUGCUGAAGUUUAUGACCCACACACAAAUAAAUGGACGUUAAUUUCUUCUAUGAUCCAUCGACGCGGAGGCGUGGGUGUGACAGUUCUUGAUGGUUUUCUUUACGCUGUCGGUGGGCAUGAUGCUCCCGCCAGUCAAGACACGUCAAGACAAUUUGAUUCUGUGGAAAGAUACAAUCCCAAGACUGAUGAAUGGACAAUGCUUGCUCCAAUGCUGAACUGCCGCGAUGCUGUGGGGGCGUCGUGGCUCGGAGACAGUAUUUAUGCUGUGGGAGGUUACGAUGGUACUAGGUAUCUAAAUGAUGUUGAACGUUACGAUCCAAUUAAAAACGAAUGGGAACAAGUCAGGAGCUUGAAUACUGGACGUGCUGGCGCAUGCGUGGUCGUUAUACCACCAGUAAACAGAGAACAGUAUCAAUAAGGGAUCCGUUUUCAGCCUCCGUAUCACCUGGGGUACCAGAUUACGCAAUUGGGAUUAUCCAAUCACGGCCGAAUAAUUGGAUGUAAUUAUUGUAAUUAAUUUUUGUUGACGUAAGUGUCAAAAUUGUUAAAUAGUAAAAUUGAGGAAGAGUCGUUUAAAGUUUUUGCGUGCAGCCCUGAAUGACAAUUUGCAUUUUAUUUUCGUGAUAUUCAGGGCAUUGCCCCACGGUAAAACGUAAUUGAUAUGCAAUGACAAGUCAAUCUAAAGGGUGUGCCCAAAAAACCCAAAACCAUUGAAAUCAUCCAUAACAAUGUAAUACUGAGCUGGAAUUUGAAUACCUAGGCACCCUGUUGGGACCCACAAGUCUAUAAACUGUUUGACAUACGCAUUUUUAUGCAUGAUGACAGUAAAAUUUGUCUGAAUCCACAAAUGAUUUUAGUAGAACAAUAUUUACAUUUAUUUAUGACACAACAAAUAUGGACAACAAUAUUUAUAUUAUACAACUCAAACACCAUGUCCUUCGACAUGUCCUUCAGUCCUUCUUCUCAAGCAAAUUUUAAAUCCUUGUGAUCCUAUUUAGCAUUUUAUAAGUUGCGUUAAUCCCCACGAGCAAAAAUUCGCGAACAAGUCAUUCAAAUUUUUACAACAGGUGAUUUCAAUAGUUUUGGUUUUUUGGGACACCUGUAGUGCAGUGUAAACGCGACGAAGAAAUGCAGCAACAUGCAUGAAUGUAAUAUAAGAGUAGAAAACUAUUGUUGAUAAUUUGAAUAGCUUACUGUACAUUUUGCCCUGGUGAAAAUUUAUGUUGAAAGGGUUAUAUAAUUAAAAGGGUUAAUUUAUUUUCGUAGAAUAUUCAUUGUUAUAUUUGGACUUCUUUUUGUUCUUAUGAUCAGUCAGAAUUUAAUACCAAAACUGUUACGACGAGCACAUUGCCUUUUGGAAAUAAACUGGGUUAUACUUAGGUAGCCACUCAAAAGUUUCACUUUUCUUCACUCUCAAGAAAAAAGUCCCAA